UUUCUGUCUCUUCCUCUCCCUUCCUCUCUGAAAUCAAUUAAAUAUUUUUUAAAAGUAAUAGUAUGUAUCUCACAGGAUUGUUGGUAGGGUUGAGGGAGUUAAUGUAUGAAAGCAUUUAGAAUAGUACCUGGCACAUAAAGGCUUUCAGAGUAGUGUCUAGAAGAGCCAGUGGAGUUUCUUCCCUCCCUCACCACAGGAUGGCAGCGAAGAGACAAGUGCCUCCAUCAUGCAGAAAACCCCCAUCAUCCUCUCCAAACCUCCAGCAGAGCGGUCAAAGCAGCCACCACCUCCAGCAGCCCCUGCUGCCCCACCUGCCCCAGCCCCUCUUGAGAAGCCCAUCGUCCUCAUGAAACCACGGGAGGAGGGCAAAGGGCCUGCGGCUGCAACAAAUGCCUCGGCCCCUGAGGGCACCACCCCACCACCCCCUGCAGCCCCCGUGCUACCCAAGGGGGAGAAGGAGGGGCAGAGACCCACACAGCCUGUGUACCAGAUCCAGAACCGGGGCAUGGGCACGGCCGCGCCAGCAGUUAUGGACCCUGUCGUGGGCCAGGCCAAGCUGCUGCCUCCAGAGCGCAUGAAGCACAGCAUCAAGUUGGUGGAUGACCAGAUGAAUUGGUGCGACAGUGCCAUUGAGUACCUGCUGGAUCAGACUGAUGUGUUGGUGGUUGGUGUCCUGGGCCUCCAGGGGACAGGCAAGUCCAUGGUCAUGUCAUUGUUGUCAGCCAACACUCCUGAGGAGGACCAGAGGUGAGGGGACAUCAGCCUCAAUGUCUUCAUCAGA